AUGAUUUAUAAAAGCAACACGUUAUUGUAUGUAUUAAUCUUGAUUUUUACACACAUUUUGAACGUUUCUGAAAGCACAAUUUCAUUUCAUCGUCAUAAUGAUGAUGAUUAUGAAGAUUUUGACAUUACUACAAUCUAUAGAGUCACAGAUAUGUCGUCAUUCAAUAGCAGCAAUGGUACUUUCAGUGGAAUGAAUUCAGUUAUUGAAAUACAUUCAAGAACUAAUGCUAUUGGAUUGCCAAUACAAGACAAUGAUGAUGAUAUUCAUAUUAUUUCAAUGAAUAUUAAAGAAAUCAUUAAUCUUGAAUUAUUUCAGAAUAACAGUCGAAUGAGUACUUCGUAUAAUUCAAAUGAUUGGUGUCAACAAAAUAUAAACUUAGAAGGACAAGGUGGUUGUUCCAGAAAUAACUACAAUGAAUUUCGUUCGAUGGAUACAGGAAACCGAUUGAAUAGAUGCUAUAAUUCUUAUGAAUAUUGUACCAUCGGGAAAUGCUUGUCAGACAGUUACAUGAGUUAUGAUUCACCUGUUACCUGUAAUUUUUUCACGUUUUAUUGGACACCCGAUAAAGAUGAUCAAACGUGUUUAACAAUGACAUAUUCUACCAAAUAUGAAUCAGACAAUCUUUAUUUUAUCACGAUGGAUAUAAACGAUGAAUAUAAUAAUAUCUCGAUAUCUUCAACCGUAUUGGAUAAAUAUGACGGUAUUACAACAUUGAAAAUUACUAACAUUGAUUUUAAGAACAAUCAGGAAUAUAAAUUAUCAUUAAAAUUAACCGUGAUGGACAGAUAUCAAUCUCAAUGGGUUGUUCAAAAUUUUAAAUUUGGACUCAUACGAAUUGCCCAAUGUUCGAAUUAUGAUGAAGAAGAUGUUCGAAUUAUUUCUGUAGAUCAUGUUUCUGGAAAAAAACCAAAACCAUUCAAUAUUCUAGGAAACCGUAUAGUUGAACCUUCUACUUAUGAAUGUUCAUGUUUAAAUGGUGGAUAUAUUACUCAUAAAUAUUCGUCAAAAUGCAUUUGUCCUCCUGGUUUUAAAGGGCAAUUUUGCGAGACAGGUUGUGGGGUAAACUCCUAUGGGUCCGACUGUAAAGGAGUAUGCUCUAUACAGUCUGAUAAAAUGUGUCGUGGAAUGUUCAUGUGUACAAGUUAUGGAUGCACAUGCCCAGCGGGAUUAACCGGUCCAUCGUGUAACGAAGAUUGUACAAUGGGUACAUAUGGAGCUGAUUGUAGACAAACUUGUUCCGAGAAUUGUCUUAAUAAUAUGUGUGAUCAAUAUACAGGUGUCUGCUUAUAUGGUUGUUCAGUCGGAUAUAUACUACCAUAUUGCAGAGAAAAAUAUCCAUACUGCAUUAACCCACCUACACUGCGUUUUGCCAAUUACGAUGAGAUUGAACUGGAAUUGGAUUUUCAAGAAAAUAAUAUAAAAGGAGGAGACAGAAUUAUAAAGCCAAAAUAUUAUCAAUUAUUUUAUAAGUCAUUAAUAGAAAAUACGUUUAGAAGCUCUGAAAUUAAAUCAAUAAGCAACACCAAUAACGUUACAUUAGAAGUUAUCAGAGACUUAGAACCGGAUACUAUAUAUACGGUUGGAGUUUUGUUAAUUGCAGAUGAUGGGGAUUUUAAUGAACAAAAUAUAGUAUAUGGUCAAUAUAAAACCCCGUGCAUGCAACCACAAAUUACUGAUUAUAACAUACAAUUAAUGAGUGGAAUACAAAGCGUCAAUAUAACAUGGAGCAUAAGCAUCUCAAAUCGAUUAGAAUGCAACAUUACGAAAUAUGUUUUGACGUUAAUGUCAAAUCAAUCACAAAAUCAAAUAUCUGAUGUACAAGAAAUAAUAUCAAGUACAGAUAGUGGUCACGUUUUGGAUAAUCUUCUUCCGGGUUUUAAAUAUAACAUAAAAUUAACUCCUUCGACAAGUAAUGGGACAUUAUCAUCGUCGCCUAUUUAUUCAAUCACUACUCUUAUGACAAAAAACGACGUUCAAAUAAAAAAUAUUUCUACUAAAGUUGAAAAUGGAAAAAUCAAAGUAAACUGGAUAUUGGUAAAUUCUCAUCAACAUUACACGACAGUCAACGAACCAGUAACAUUAAUCAUCAAAUAUAAAGUGAAACGAAUUCUCAGCUGUUCCAUAAGAGAAGUAGAAAAAAAUUGGACGUCAAUAACAAUUUUUAAUCGAACCAACUAUGAAAUCUACGAUCCAGUGCCGAAUUCUCAAUAUAGUAUACAAGUUUUGAUUGACGUUAAAGAAAAAAAUACUGCUCAACAAGAAUAUAUGACUAAUGUCUUAAUACCAGCAUCAAGUCCAAUAACUGAACCAAUCUUAGAUCCUGAUCAUCCAAUGUGCAUAACUAAUAACUCUAUUUUUGUUCAGUGGAAAUUUGAUCCCGAAAAUUGCUCAAAACUAAAUGGAUUUCUAUCUCAAUUCUAUAUAGAAUUAAAGGAUAGGGUUAAUGACAUUUUACAAAUAAGAGAAACUAAAAAUAAUUACAUUAACUUUAACGAUCUAAAAUCCAACACAGAUUAUGAACUAAAAGUAUUUAUAAAAACACACUUUGGUUAUAAUCCAGAACAUUUUCUACUCGCCAAUUUCAAGACUAAAUUAGAAAAUUUAAAACCAGUAGAAGAUUUAGUGGUUUAUAAAAAGAGUCUAAAAAAUCGUAUGGUAGGAUUUCGCUGGAGCUAUUCACAAGAUUCAAAUGUAGACGGAUUUAUAGUUUCGUUUAAUGAUAAUUCUUUAAUAAACACAAAAAACCUUUCCAUCAUACCACCGCAGAAAUGCUCGGCUUGGCCAGAAUACUAUUGUCAUACAUUUUAUAAUUUGAGUCCUAGCAACAACUACACAUUUAAAAUUAAGCCAAUGUCUAAAGAUUUUCCAGAAGGUGGUAAAGUUUCGUCUAUUUCUUUUAACAGCAUCGAUGGACUACCUGAUUCUCCAAUGAAUUUAAAAACGACCGAAAUUGGUAGCACUACAACAGCUCUCCAGUGGGAUGUUCCGUGGAUAUUCAACGGUGCAUUGAAAAUGUUCAUUAUUAACGUCGAAGAAAUUUCAUCAAAUGACAUGGACAAGUGUUGUGUUAGCAUUACUCCAAUAGAAAUCCCGGUUAAUGAAGAACUACCUACGUAUAACUAUACGGUUACUGGCCUGCAACCCGGAUCAACAUAUUCAAUUGGAGUUUUAUCUGUAUCCAAAUCAUUAUGGUACAGUUCACCGUCUAGACUAUCUGUCACACUUCCGACUAUUUAA